UUCUUCCGACAGAUAUUCCUUUAAAGGCGUAUUUAAAGCCCUGGCUUCAGUUGCAGGAGCAGCGGACAACCUAUGCAACAAAAAGCUGCCGCAGAGCCGAGCGACUUUCCGACCGCUCAGCGGACAAAAACACGGAGCCGGCGGGGCUGACACGACCCGGCGAGGUACGACUGCAGGGCUUAAGUUUGCAGCCUGGACCAAAACGACAACGUCUCAACGACAUUUAUGAAGCUUUUAAGGCCUUUUGACUGAUCAGCCAAUCGAUGGGGAUUUUCAGAGGAGCUCCGCUAACCUUCGCCACCUGCCCUCCUCCUCCUCCUCCUCCCCCCCCCCCCCCCGCGACCUCUUCUUCGCCCCCCACCCACUCCAUCCAGCCCUCUAUAAACAAAAUGACUCUGGAACUCACCGAAUGGUCUUCUAUAUGGAUUUUUACAGCUUGUAAUAGACAGUAAGAAAAAAAGAGGUAGAAACCUCAAUGACAAAAAAGCCAUAAACAUACACCACACACACACACACACACACACACACACACACACACACACACACACACACACACACACACACAAAUACACACAUACACACACACACAAACAUAUACACAAACACACCUGACACACGCACAGAAAGAAGCUAAUGCACAAACUCACUCUUGGAAUGUACCGCUCACUCUUCCUGUGAAAAUUCAACUGCUUCCGUUGCUUUUCGGGAUUUUCUACAAGCCUUUGGAAAACUGAUUUUUGACUCUGGGGGGAAUCAAAGGAGGAUUAAAACUUAUUGAAUUUGAAGCUGCAGUGUUUUUGGAGGACAACUUGUUUAGAGGACAACUGAUUGCUGAUUGUUUUUGCUCAUUUAUUUAGUGUCCAUAGUCUUUUUCAUUUGAGCAGUUUUAGAUUAGAUUGUAUUACCUUACAUGCUGGGACACUAUUAGUGUUUUUUUGUGUUAACACCCUUAACUGCUGAUUACUCUUUUAAAGCAGUAAAUAGAUGUAACUACUACAUAAGCAAGCCAGCAAGUUACUACCACAGGUUGCAGUUUGUAGCUUGUAAAGAUUCUAAUGAGAUUUCUUCCAUGAAGUCACAAGUCGUUUUAAAGUAACUACAAGUAACUUGAUACAAAUAGUUUUGUGGAAUCAGGGAAGUUGUUGUUUUAAUCUCACAGAUAAAUUGUUCUCAGAUCAGUCAGGGUGUUAAAGGGGGCCUGCGCUUGAUUUCUCAUCGCGUGCAUGCCCUCCGCCAUGCCUCCCCAGAACACAGAGGCUGACGCCAUGCAGGUCGGAUCUGUGGUGGGUGGGGUUAACGCCAAAAACUCCACGACAUCAGGCACGGAUGAGGAGAAAGGAGGAGCAGCAGGUGAGACGGAUGGAACGGGAAAUGGAGGAGUGGCAGGAGGAGGCCGAGCACGCGAGGAGUUGGCGAGCGAGGGAUCGAUCGAAGGCAUCUCCGUGAAGAGAUGGGUGAUGCAUGGGGCCGUGAUGUUUGGCCGGGAGUUCUGCUACGCCAUGGAGACGGCGCUGGUGACUCCGGUGUUGCUGCAAAUAGGUCUUCCAGAGCAGUACUACAGUCUGACGUGGUUCCUCAGUCCGGUCCUCGGCCUCAUGUUCACCCCUCUGAUCGGCUCGGCCAGCGACCGCUGCACUCUGCGAUGGGGCAGGAGGAGGCCGUUCAUCCUGGCUCUCUGCAUAGGAACGCUGUUAGGAGUGGCUCUGUUUCUGAAUGGAUCGCUGAUUGGUCUGGCUAUGGGCGACGAGAAGGGGAAACAACCAAUAGGAAUUGUUCUCACUGUGCUUGGGGUGGUGGUGUUGGACUUUAGUGCGGAUGCAACAGAGGGACCAAUCAGAGCAUACCUCCUAGACGUGGCAGACACCGAGGAACAAGACAUGGCGCUCAACAUCCACGCUGCCUCAGCAGGCCUCGGCGGUGCGGUCGGCUACGCUCUCGGAGGUUUAGACUGGACGCACACCUUCCUUGGAGCAAUCUUCAAGUCCCAGGAGCAGAUCUUGUUCUUCUUCGCUGCCGUCCUUUUCUCUAUCUCUGUGGUGUUGCAUCUCUUCAGUAUCGAGGAGCAGCAGUACUCGCCCCAACACGACAGGCUGGACCAGGAGAGUCCAGAUCGCACCAACUUGCAACCGUCGGCCAAUGGCAGGACCGGACUUCUCGCCCCCAAGCUGGAAUUGAUUGGAGAGGAUGAAACGAUGGACAGCUACGACCUCUAUGACCCCUACGAAGAUGACCAGUCAGAGCGAGGGGAUAUGGACAUGGACUUCCUGGAGGUGGAGCUUGUGAGAAGUAAAAGUGACAGCGUCCUUGCCAUGGCAGACGCCACUCUGGACCACCUGGACCAUGAUGCGUUGUUCCUGUGCCACCUCGAGCCGUCUAUCUUCGCUGACCGCCUCUCACCCUAUCACGGCUCACCUCCUACGACCUCCUUCUUCAACCCCAAUCGUAGCACCCCGCCACCCCGGUUCGGCAACAUCCGACGCAGCAGCAGCGCGGGAAGUCAAGACCUGCUCCGCCUCCAAACCAACAACCACCAGACACACGGCCCCAUCCCAAAGAUUUCCCGCCUCUCGGCUUUCUUACAGGAAAUGGAGAACGACGACGGUCAGGAAGCGCUGCUGAACAACCAGCUCAAUGAGCAGCGGACGCUGAAUGGGCGGCUUUUAGCCAGCGUGACCAAUGCUGAUAGAGUUAGCAAUAACCGGCUGAGCUCUAAAGGACAGGCACAUCGCGCUGGAAUGGUCAAAGCUGCAAGUACUGGAGCCCCCAUGAGGCAGUCACGCUACCGUCACACCUUCUACCGCCAGCCGUCCUGCACCUUCUCCUACUACGGUCGAGUUGGCAGCCACCGCUACCGCUACCGCCGGGCCAACGCCGCUUUUCUCAUAAAGCCGUCUCGCAGCAUGAACGACCUGUACGAAGUGGAGGCCAGGCACAGGCGGAGGAGCAAACAGAGAAACAGGCACCGCAGCGGAAACACUAACUCUUCCAGCGGAGAUACAGAGAGCGAAGAGGGAGAGGUUGAGACCACCGUGCGGCUGCUGUGGCUCUCCAUGCUCAAGAUGCCUCCGGAGCUGCUGCGACUGUGCGCCUGUCACCUGCUCACCUGGUUCUCCAUCAUUGCCGAGGCCGUCUUCUUCACGGACUUCAUGGGACAAGUCAUCUUCCAUGGAGAUCCUACUGCCCCUGCUAAUUCUACUUUGUUGGAAAAUUAUCACAGAGGAGUUCAGAUGGGAUGUUGGGGACUGGUCAUAUAUGCCAUGACUGCUGCUACGUGCUCAGCCAUACUUCAGAAGUACCUCGACAACUUUGACCUGAGCAUUAAGGUCAUCUACAUCCUGGGGACGCUUGCAUUUUCCAUCGGAACCGCUGUCAUGGCAAUCUUUCCUAAUGUGUACGUUGCCAUGGUGAUGAUCAGCAGCAUGGGCAUCAUCUCCAUGAGUAUCUCUUAUUGCCCUUAUGCUCUGCUGGGGCAGUAUCACGAAAUAAAAGAGUACAUCCAGCACAGUCCUGGUAACUCCCGGAGAGGCUUUGGCAUCGACUGCGCUAUCUUAUCUUGCCAGGUGUACAUCAGUCAGAUCUUGGUGGCUUCAGCUCUGGGCGCUGUAGUGGAAGCUGUCGGCAGCGUCCGUGUCAUUCCCAUGGUGGCCUCUGGGGGCUCCCUUCUCGGAUUCUUCACCGCCUGCUUCCUGGUCAUUUACCCGACUCCAAACAGCCGGGAGGGUGAUUCAGCCAAAGCUUCGGAGAAACGGGCCUUGACAACGCUGGAAAAUCCCAAUAGCAACGAAGUGGCUGUUGCCGUGGCGAUAGAGAAACCAAGCUUCCUGAAACUCAACAAGGAGGGCAAGGCCACCUCCACCACCACUUCCUGUCACACGGAGAACGAGUCUGCUCUGUGAUCGGCCGGCCGGGUGGACAGACGCUUUGCUGCAGAAACGACUAAAUUCACUUUUAAAAUGGAAACACUUUAAGAUGUGCCGCCGUCCUCAUCGUGCUGGCGUGAGUUUGUUCCACUCUCGGCGUCCGUUUUUGCUUUGACAGGCUUUUUUUUUCUGAUUCAGUUGCUGAAGAAAACGACUCAAUCUGCCGUGGGACCAGUGUUACACCAGACCAACUUACCGUACACAAAAAAAAAAAAAAAACAUUCUGGUCCCAGUGCUGUUUCAGCCAUCACCGAUAUUCCUUCCACUUAACCCUCACGGACAUUCGAGUGAUCCGCCAGGGUCGUCCACAAGUGAGAAAUUCAUUGCUCAUGGUUUUAAGGAGAAGGUUGUCUCUGUCUCUCAGGGCCUCUGGGAGGUGCUACUGAGCAGCUGCCUGGACAGGAAACUUCAGGGGACUCACACGCAUACAUACACGCACACAAACCUCUUUAUCUGAGGUCAACGUAAUCGAAUGAACAACUGAAAUAAUGAACGAUGAACAUUUGUCCUCGAAGCUGCAAAUCAUUCAAAAAUGCUGAAAAUUGUUCUUCCUCGCUGUGGAAUCGGCUUGAAUCGAAUCUUUGCACUGUGGUGCGGAAAAGCUGAUGGACGAGAUUGUGUGUGUCUGUUGACUUCUACAGCGGAGGCAUCGUGUUCACCAAAAUAAACCCAACGACAUACUCAACUUUGCGGGACUUUUUACAGCACUCGCGCGACAGUAGCUUUAAGACUCUGGAGACUUGUGGAAAUGUCUAAAACUAAGAGCCCGAAGCCUGGUUCCUGGGGGGAAAAUGAUUGAUAGUGAGUGCCCAAAAUGAGUGCCCAAUGAUUGCGAGUGUGUUUUUUUUUUUUUUUGGAUUCAGCCUUCACUCUAGGGCAAAGUUGACAAUAUUUAAGAGCAUGAGCAUAAAGUUGCCUGUAUAUUGAGAGUCAAAAAAUACAGAUUUGUAUCGAGUGAAAUUCCAGGAAAGAAGGAGCAUAGAUGCAAUAUGCGCAGAGUAUACAGGGCAUUAAAAUCCCAAAUAUUAUUUUCAUGAUUUAUUGAGGGCCCAGAAUGAUGCUUGUGUUUGUUUUGAAUAAUCAGACUAACCUACAUGCUGCAUGUUAGAGGAGCAGAGAAGAGAGAAACCAAACCGCAGAGAAAAGAGAUGUGGAGUUGUUCUCCUUCUCUCUACUUUCUUGUGCAAUUUGUUGUUUUUGUUUUUUUUAGAAAAUGCUAUUAGCACAUUGUAUGUCACUAACUGCACAUUAGCUGAGCCAUUGUUAAAAGUUAAAUAGCAUUAGGUUAGAAAAGCGUUGAAGUCCUCUUUGAGUGUGUUGGAGUCGUUCGUAUUAGGACACCAGCAGGACGGGGCUUCUGCUCCAGUGGAUCCAGUAACUGUACCAGUAAUUGUCAGAGAAUGGGAACCAAGAAUAUUAGAACGGAGCCCGCAUAUAUUGGAAGAGAAGUUAUUGUAAACAUUGUGUUUCCAGGGCUUAUAUAAUGUAAAAGAGGCAAAAAUGAAUCCUGCUAGUGUUGAGUAUUGGUAGCCCGUAAUAUCAGGUUUAGGCUCGUUACUUGAGCCUCGAUGGAGGAUGUACGUUCCUGGUUUAAGUGUCUUAGUCAUUACAUCUGUGUGUUGAAUGGAUGUUUAGAAGAGGAGAGAGGGAUGAGUAGUGGGAUGAAAGGAGGACUGGAGAAAUGUUUUUACUUAAAAAAAAAAAAAACAAUUUGGGAAAUGCUUUUUUUGACUUUGGUGCUGAGAGUUAUACGGUUAUACGAGAAUACUGACACCACUCUCACGGUUAUCUUAUCUUAGCAUAUAGACUGGAAAUAGUUGGAUGUGGGUUCUUUUGACCAGGCUAGCUGUUUCCUGUCUUUAUGUUAAGUUACGCUAGGCUAUGCUAAGCUAAACGCCUCUGGGCAAGAAAGCAAAUAAGCAUAUUUUCCAAAAUGUUACAACUUUGAAUUGUUCCAAAUUUGGAAAUGCAUGUCUUAAUAUUUUUAAAGAGUCCCUGCAGACCCAAAAAUCUAAAAUCAGAUUUCCAGUCUUGAAAACUACAACUUCACCGAACUUCACCCUCCGAAAAAAACUACAAAAUAUCAAGAAUAAUCGACCAAAUGAAAGUUUACCACCCAAAGCCAGCUUGCCCAUGACCAGAAUAUAUUGCGCCAUGAUUACAUUACAGUGGUGUAAGACAUGCCUCUGAUGCUCCAAUUUAACAAAAUUGCUUUUGCAAAAUGGCUGCAUCUGCUGUUUGAUGAGGGCAAGCGGUGGCAGCGGUGUGAAGGUGGAUGAGGAGGUAAAACUGUUGAGUUUAGAUUUACGUUGACCCCGUUUAACAUUCACACGCACUAAUGAGACUAAUCCGAAAAAUAUUUAAUCAAAAACAAAGGAGGGGAUACAUGCAAGUUGUAUAAAUUAAAACUUAACUCUUAUUAAUGCUGAUUAAUAUUGAAUAUAGAUCAAAUAAUCUUAAUCUUUGGAAUGUUUUCGAUAGCUUGACAAUGUAAAAAAAAAGAUCUUGUAGUUAGACAAAAUGAAAGAUUUUAUUGUGUCGUUCGAUUUCUGACAAAUCAGAACUUUUGUUGCAAUAACGGCCUCCAUUAAUCAUCUGAGGGAAGAGGACUGUGUGCGGAUCGAGAACAGGGUUGUUUGUGGUGGUGAAACAAAAACGUUCCGGGUGUUUGUUUUUUUUCUUUCCUAUAUUUUCCUGUCAGGGGAAAAAGUUGUGGAUUGGUUUUCCUUUCAGCUCAAUCAGCUGAAACAUGCAAAUUGAAAGGAAUCGAAAUGUAAAAUUGCAGUGCGUCUAUUUACUAAUGAAAGAACGUUUUAUUUUUAGCGUGUAUUAAAAGCAUUUAGUGGACAAACUUAUUUUUAAUCGUUUUCUAGAAGAGAAUUCACUCACUGGUGAUGUGGUUGUUGUUGUUAUUAUUAUUAUUAUUUUUUCACUUGGAUGGGUGCCCUGUCUUUUUAACAAAAUAGAUUCCUUCCAUAAUUUCAGGUACAUUCAGUCAGUCCCAGAGCAGCGUAGAGAGAGAGAGAGAGAGAGAGAGAGAGAGAGAGAGAGAGAGUAUUUUGCUUCCUGUGAUUCUGGGACAAAAAAAAAAGAAGCAGGGAUGGGACAAUGACUAAAGAUGGAGAGGUACAGACGCCAGAGUUUUUGAAUGGCUUCUGUAACCACUAGGGCAAUAACAUAUUCUGGAUAAAAAUGGACACUUAACUUCAGUUUAAGGACGAACAUGAAGCUUAAAAAAAGAAACAACAAAAAAAAAAACUUUGGGUUUGGGAGGUUUGCAUGCGACAACAGCAAUAUGCAUGUGUGGAACACCAAAGUAUGACUCUGUACAAAUCACUCAAGCUCUUUUUCUUUAUUGUCCUAAUAGGUCAGGGAUGUAUUUUCUAAUGCAUGGCUGGAUGUUUGUGUCUUUUUGUUUGAACCUAAAUGUGUUAAAAAAAAAAAAACAACUACAAAAUCAACAUGUACUCUUUAAGCUGAAGCAUUGUGCUCGGUCUGGGUCAGUACACUCUUAACAAGCAUGUGACUUUUUUUUUUUUUUUUCUUGCACAUUUACAAGUAAAGUUUCAGAAAGCACGCAUCUCGUUGCUUUUUCAACACGACGUACAAGUUGAUGGAUGGAAGGUGUUGGGGAAAACUAUAAGAUGCGUGUCAUCCCGAGAGACACUCCUUGUUAAAAGUGUAGGCGAGAAAACUCCAGGCCGCAAAUACUUGAAGUGCAACUUGAGUGUUUCUGUUUCAAUGCCAUGGGAAGUCUUUUGACUUUGGGGUUUUUUUUACGUUCUUAAUGUCCCAAGCCUUUUACAGCAGACUCUGGAAUGUUCAGACAGCAGCUCGGCCUGCUGGGAGAUUGAGUUCUUACCUUUGAUUCCAUCGUGUGACUUAAAUGUUUAAAAAAGAAAAGAAAGAAAAGUCAAUGAAUGUGAUUUGAAUGUGAAUCAUUUUUGUUUCAAUGUUUGGCAAACUGGGGCGGGGGAGGGUUUCGGAUGUUGGGGUCUGACAUUGCACAGAACUUGCACAUAAGUAAAAAAAAAAACACCCUAAAAAAAAAAACAGUAGAAGUGUGUUGCAAAAGUAAAGAGAGACAAUAACUGUGGAUAUUUAUUUUUUUAGAUUUCUUGUCUAUAAAGGACACUUUUCACAUAGUUUCCAAAAGAAAACAUUAAAGCUAUUAUAUUUGCUGUUACGAGAGAUGUUACAGAAGCGGACUGGAUUGUGUGUGUGUGUGUGUGUGUGUGUGUGUGUGUGUGUGUGUGUGUGUGUGUGUGUGUGUGUGUGUGUGUGUGUGUGUGUGUGUGUGUGUGUGUGUGUGUGUGUGUGUCUGUGUGUGUGUGUGAGAGAGAGAGAGAGAAAAGUCGUCUCACAGCUGCUCACAUGUAAAGCAAAAAGGCAAGAGUGUGUUACAAAAUGUCAUCUCAGUGUUUGUUUUUUGGUUCUUGUUCUCUGUUCUUUGCAAUCACCUGGUUUACACUUAACUCUGGAAUCAAUGGCUGCAAUACCGGAGGUUAUUUACGAGUCUUUACUGUUCUGGUGUUUUAACUCAACUAGAAAAAAACUUUUUGUGUGUGUGUAUCUAGGCAGAGCCACACAUGAGAGUUUGGCCUUUGCACUUUUUCAGUGGCAGCCAUGUUGGCUCCACCGUCCUGAUCGUUGGGGUGAAUGUGACGACGUGGUGAUGCUGUUUCAUGUUUCCAGCCAGCAGCUGUCAGUGGCAGCAGCAUGGCGGCCAUGCAGUUAGUCCAACCUGGCCAGACUCGGUGUGUGUGUGUGUGUGUGCGUGCGUGUGUGUGUGGCUCUGCCUAUAAGUAAACUGUGUGUUAAUGACGGAGGAGAGAAAUGCCUAUAUACUUUGAUCUUUACAGAGAUUAAAUCAAGAAGAAUACUUAAAGAAUGGGAAAGCAAGUAUGCGCAGUGUACUAUAUAUAAUAUGCCUUGUUAUUUGAAAAAAAAAGAUGUAAAUAUACGUAUUUCUCUUUUAGUUUCUUCUUUUUUGCUGCUAUAAAAAAGAUGAUUAUUUUUGUUAGUAGUUUUGUUUUCUAUAUAAAGACUGUAUAUAUCUCUAUGUUCUGUAAAUAUGCUUGAGCCUUCAUAUGUAGGACUCUGGAUAAACACUGUAUGGAACGCACCUUUAAAAAAUGUUCAGAAGUAAACCAACAA